GACCGACCGACCCGAGGUUGGAACCCGGGCCGCCACCACCGCCGCCGUCGCCGCGCACGCGCUCCUCGCCCGCCUCCGUCCCGGGGCGGCCCGCGGGGCGGGAACGCGACGCUACGAGCCGCCCGCACCUGCCUGACUGACAGGCGGACCCCGGGAUCGGGCCUCGUGCCGGCGCGCGCACGCGCACGCGCCUGGCGCGGCUGCCGUCGGCCCCGGGGGCGGGACCGCGCGGCAGCGAGCGGGCGGGGGGCUCGUGGUGCGCGCGCCCCGCACCCGAGGGCUGCGGAGAGAUAUUUUGGGUGGCAGGAGGCCCCUCGUCAUUUCCGCCGGGCUGCUGGUCGUGCCGGGGGCUUCACUCUCGCGCACGAGGCGAACGGGCAAGUUGGCUGCGGGCGUGUGGCGGCAGCUCCUUCCAUUAGCGCUGCGACCCUCGGCAGUGCAAGCCAUGAAGUGAAGCCCCGGAGGGACGGAGACCCGAGCGGAGUUGCGGAGCCACGGCAGCAGCCGCCGCCUCAGCGGGGAGCGAGCAGACCCGGCGCGGAGCCGCGACCCCGGCGCCUUUCCCUCCCCGUCACCGCUCCCACCGCUGCAGCCGCGAGACUCAACACACAAAAGCCGCUUUCUCCGCGCCGCCCGCCCAGCGAGGCAGCAGCCAGCGAGGGACCCCACCUGAGGGCGGCUCGGGCUGCUGAGUUCGUUUUGUGUCUGAGCUCCGAGCUCCGCGCCCCGCGCGGAACCGACCCUGUGCUCAUGGCUCUGAUCAUGGAACCGGUGAGCAAAUGGUCUCCGAGUCAAGUAGUGGACUGGAUGAAAGGUCUUGAUGACUGUUUGCAGCAGUAUAUUAAGAACUUUGAGAGGGAGAAGAUCAGUGGAGACCAGCUGCUGCGCAUUACACAUCAGGAGCUAGAGGAUCUGGGGGUCAGCCGCAUCGGCCAUCAGGAACUGAUCUUGGAAGCGGUUGACCUUCUGUGUGCACUGAAUUAUGGCUUGGAAACAGAAAAUCUAAAAACCCUUUCUCACAAGUUGAAUGCAUCUGCCAAAAAUCUACAGAAUUUUAUAACAGGGAGGAGAAGGAGUGGCCAUUAUGAUGGGAGAACCAGCCGAAAAUUGCCAAAUGAUUUUCUGACUUCGGUUGUGGAUCUGAUUGGAGCAGCCAAGAGUCUGCUUGCCUGGUUGGACAGAUCACCAUUUGCUGCUGUCACAGACUAUUCAGUUACAAGGAAUAAUGUCAUACAGCUCUGCUUGGAAUUAACAACAAUCGUGCAACAGGAUUGUACUGUAUAUGAAACAGAGAAUAAAAUUCUUCAUGUGUGUAAAACUCUUUCUGGAGUCUGUGACCACAUCAUAUCCCUGUCAUCAGAUCCUCUAGUUUCGCAGUCUGCCCACCUUGAAGUGAUUCAGCUGGCAAACAUCAAACCAAGUGAAGGGCUGGGUAUGUAUAUUAAAUCAACAUAUGAUGGCCUCCAUGUAAUUACUGGAACUACAGAAAAUUCACCUGCAGAUCGGUGCAAGAAAAUCCAUGCUGGUGAUGAAGUGAUUCAAGUUAAUCAUCAGACUGUGGUGGGGUGGCAGUUGAAAAAUUUGGUGAAUGCACUACGAGAGGACCCGAGUGGUGUUAUCUUAACUUUGAAAAAGCGACCUCAGAGCAUGCUUACCUCAGCACCAGCUUUACUGAAAAAUAUGAGAUGGAAGCCCCUUGCUCUGCAGCCUCUUAUACCUAGAAGUCCCACAAGCAGCGUUGCCACGCCUUCCAGCACCAUCAGUACACCCACCAAAAGAGACAGUUCCGCCCUCCAGGAUCUCUACAUUCCCCCUCCUCCUGCAGAACCGUAUAUUCCCAGGGAUGAAAAAGGAAACCUUCCUUGUGAAGACCUCAGAGGACACAUGGUGGGCAAGCCAGUGCAUAAGGGAUCUGAAUCACCAAAUUCAUUUCUGGAUCAGGAAUAUCGAAAGAGGUUUAAUAUUGUGGAGGAAGAUACUGUCUUGUAUUGUUAUGAAUAUGAAAAGGGAAGAUCAAGUAGUCAAGGAAGACGAGAAAGCACCCCAACUUAUGGCAAGCUACGACCUAUAUCUAUGCCAGUGGAAUAUAAUUGGGUGGGGGACUAUGAAGAUCCAAAUAAGAUGAAGAGAGAUAGUAGAAGAGAAAACUCUCUACUCCGAUAUAUGAGCAAUGAAAAAAUUGCUCAAGAAGAAUACAUGUUUCAGAGAAACAGCAAAAAAGACACAGGGAAGAAGUCUAAAAAGAAGGGUGAUAAGAGUAGUAGCCCGACUCACUAUUCAUUGCUACCUAGUUUGCAAAUGGAUGCACUGAGACAAGAUAUCAUGGGCACACCUGUGCCGGAGGCCACACUAUACCAUACAUUUCAGCAGUCUUCUCUGCAGCACAAAUCAAAGAAGAAAAACAAAGGUCCUAUAGCCGGCAAGAGCAAAAGACGAAUUUCUUGCAAAGAUCUUGGCCGUGGUGACUGUGAGGGCUGGCUUUGGAAAAAGAAAGAUGCGAAGAGUUAUUUUUCACAGAAAUGGAAGAAAUACUGGUUUGUCCUAAAGGAUGCAUCCCUAUAUUGGUAUAUUAAUGAGGAGGAUGAAAAAGCAGAAGGAUUCAUCAGUCUGCCUGAAUUUAAAAUUGAUAGAGCCAAUGAAUGCCGCAAGAAAUAUGCAUUCAAAGCCUGUCAUCCUAAAAUCAAAAGCUUUUAUUUUGCUGCUGAGCAUCUUGAUGAUAUGAACAGGUGGCUUAACAGAAUUAAUAUGCUGACUGCGGGAUAUGCAGAAAGAGAGAGGAUUAAGCAAGAACAAGAUUACUGGAGUGAGAGUGACAAGGAAGAAGCAGAUACUCCAUCAACACCCAAACAGGACAGCCCUCCACCCCCCUACGAUACAUACCCACGGCCUCCCUCCAUGAGUUGUGCCAGUCCUUACGUGGAAGCGAAACACAGCCGGCUCUCCUCGACAGAGACCUCUCAGUCGCAAUCAUCCCAUGAGGAGUUUCGCCAGGAACUGACUGGGAGCAGUGUGGUGUCCCCCAUUCGCAAGACAGCCAGUCAGCGCCGCUCCUGGCAGGAUUUAAUCGAGACGCCCCUGACGAGCUCAGGGUUACACUAUCUUCAGACUCUGCCCCUGGAGGAUUCCGUCUUCUCUGACUCCGCGGCCAUCUCCCCAGAGCACAGGCGGCAGUCCACCCUUCCAACUCAGAAGUGCCACCUACAGGAUCACUAUGGGCCGUACCCCUUAGCUGAGAGCGAGAGGAUGCAAGUGUUAAAUGGAAACGGGGGCAAGCCUCGAAGUUUUACUCUGCCUCGAGAUAGCGGGUUCAACCACUGCUGUCUGAACGCGCCGGUUAGUGCCUGUGACCCGCAGGAUGACGUGCAGCCCACAGAGGUGGAGGAAGAGGAGGAGGAGGAGGAGGAGGAAGGGGAGGCAGCAGGGGAAAACAUAGGAGACAAAAGUAAGUAUGCCGAUGGAGAUUCUCAGCCUGUAUACACACAUUCCUAACCUUUUCAAACUUCUUAUUUUAAGAAAAUAGAAUUCUGUUUCCCUUUUUUCUUAAAAUAAUGGUUUUGCUGCAUAGGAAGUCAGGUAUCCCUUGGUGUCCCACUUUCAGAACUUGAGUAACUUGGGGGAAAAAAAGAUGAGUAAUGAAGCCUACAUCCCAGGACACCCACAGCUAGAGCAAAUAGUUUUUUUUUUGGCCCAUCUGCCUUUUAAGGUUGAUGGCAUUCAUUUGUUUUGCUUCCUCCUCUUAUCCACUUUCUUUUCACUUGCAUGCAUCAUCCCUUUGGUCCACAGUUGUUGCCCCCUGAGUUUGGGUUCAGAAGCUAUAAAUGCUUCAAGCAGGGUGUUAGCAGAACCUUGGUUGAAUAAGUAAGUGAAUACACAUACACACACUCACACAUACAUACAUACAUAACUUCCCUUUUCACCAUGAGAAGGUUGAAAGGAAAAAUCCAAAAGAAUUUUUCGAAGAAGAAAUUUUACAUAGCAUUUCUAUCAACUUCAAAUAGCAGAAUAUGUUUCUAGAAACCAAUUUGCCAAAAGCAUCCAUUUACUUUCUUGGUAUGUAUGUUGAUUGCAAAGCUCAAUUUAUGUGAAUCAGCUCUUGAGAGAGACAAGUCAUUAAGUAACCCUCUGACUGGCAUUAAGAAUAUGUUUACUAGUUAUCAAGUUAUUUGUCCAACAUGCCAUACCAAGCUUCUGUUUAUAACUAAUGUGAUAUACCAGUCCAGAAACCCAAGCUAGUUUAAGAGAAAGGCUAUAACUCAGUUAUUUUACUUAGAAAGAAAAUCUAGUUCUGGCUAUAAGAAUUGAAUAUAAAAUACCCCCAAAAAUAGUGUCGAAGAAAUAGUAUGAAAUCUCUUUAUUCAAAAUGAAGUAUGGGCCAAUUAGUGCAGAUGACCCAAGCUGGUGCUGAUGAAACAACAGUUACUGCUUUGGUCCCACGAGGGCAUUAGACUUCUCUUUUUAAAGGAUACAAACAGACUGUGUCCUUCAGCCCAUUUCACACAGUAUGGAGACUUUGAUUACAGGAUAUGUUAGUGUAACUUCUUCAUCACAACUGGGAAAACAACUCAAAUCUCACAGGUUACCAGCAGGUCAGGAGCCUCAUGUCAAUUUGAAGCUUGUAUCAUUUAAAAUGAGGGUUACUUUGGAGAUAAUCGACAAGAAAAUACAGUGGACCUUUUCUACUAUCAAAAUAUGAGUUGCUUAUAAUAAAAUUCUUAUGUUAAAGCAGUUUCCAUGUAAAGUAUAUUUUAGCCAUAAUCUCCAUGAGGAGCCUUUUAAAAGGUAUACUGUUGGUUCAGGAAAGGUGAUUUACCUGCCACGCCCUCACGACAUUCACAUCUAUUAGAAAUUAUAGAAGAGUCUUGUGGAGGAAAGAUCUAGGAACCAUGUCAGGCCUCUGUAGGAGUUCUGGCAAGCACGAUAAUAUAUUUUUAAUAUUAAGAAGAUUAGUAUAAGUUGUUUUCUAAAACUUAAAUAAGGAUGAGUUAGAAACCUCCUUUCAACUGUUGUCCAGGUUCUGCACAACUGCUACAACUAAGCAUGUGAGGUUUAUUCAGCAUUCUACAAACGCAUUGGGGAAAAUACUUCAUCUCUGGCAUUUUAAAAUAAAUUGUGUUGAAAUUAGGCACAACCCUCUGAAAUAGAGAAUCCUGUUCAUGACACAUUCCAUCAUGGCCACGGGUACAAGUCUUUGAGGCUGUCUUUUUCAACUGGCUAGAUACUUAGCAGUUCCUCCUGGGCAUUGUGUAGGGAGGACUAGAAUGGAGAAUACGUGUCCUAGGACCUGAAAGGCAAACCUAGCCCUGGGCUCGCCCUUCCUUCAGGCUCCACUAGCCCACAGAGCAUCCCUAGUUAGAUGGCGUUCGAUUAUUUUUUCUUCUAGUGUCUGUUUUUUGCUGUUUUGUUGAUUGGAUGUAUUUUUAGCCAUACAGAUGUACUCCCAAAGUUGGUGGGUUUUUCCUUUAGGUUCCCGAAUAAGUCAAGUGGGCAGUUAUUCAAUACUUUCCAUCUUUUUCAGCAGGCUCUCUCUUUGUGGAAUGAUUGCGGUAAGGCAGAACCACCCUAGAAGUGUGUCGGUAAACUUGGUAUUAUUGCACAUUCUGUCUUUGCGGUUCGAUAUCGUGGGGUAGUUCGCGUUAUUUCAGUCUGAUCUGUUUCACUAAAGGUGACCGUGCACUAUCUUGCAGGGCCCCAUUUCUUUCUGGGUAUUUUUCUAUAAUCUUGCCACUUGAUGUCUCAGUGUCCUUUAAACCAUUCUCAACAGGGCAGUACGUUUCAUGCUUGCCUGGAAGAUGCUUCUUAACUUAAUGGGGUACAUGUUCGGCUUCCCAAUGAUGGUUUUUCUGCAUUACUGUUUCUAAUAUUUAGGAGUGUGCAAUUUGAUGAGCACCUCCUUUGGGAAAUAUCAGCUCUAAAAUCAGUGUUUUCAAAAGAAUCUUCAAGGUCUAGUUAAGGAGUGUCUUAUUCAUGACUGCCCUGAGUCGGCCAUUAGGAGUAAGUAUUCCAGGCUGCUUAUUCAAAUCAAGCUGUUUGGUGUUCUGUCAGGAGAGUCAAAAUUAUACAUGGGAAAGAAGCUGUGGCCAUCCCCUCAGCCUCACACUUAGAGCGUGCCCUCCGCCCGGAGCUCUCACUGUGCUACCGCUCCGGUCAGCAGGCUGCCGUGCUUGUUAGAAUCAAAGACCAGCGGCGGUGUGUUACUAACUGUCCUGCUCGAGGCCAGCAUGCACUGUGACCUACUAAAGUGAAUCUGCACUAAUCAAGUACAGACCUGCAGAGCAAAUAAGUUUCACGUCCCUAGCUCCAAACAUGUUUCUCAGUUUGCCAAGAAAUUAAAAAUAGGAAGUACCAGGCACGUGAGCAGAAGGAGCCAUGGGAGAAAAUAUAGCUUCUCUUCAGCUUUAAGGGUGAAGAAUUAUGGCACCAACCAAACCCCUCUCGUGAUCUAUAUUAUAUAGUGCUUAUGAGUCUACAGAGCAAUCUAAGAAGCAAGAUGUACCUAAAUCUGUGACCUAGAUGUUUUUUCAUUUUCUUCGUACAGGUGGAAUUUGGCCCUGCUUACAAGGUGUAAAUUUAGUCUUCUUUAGAGCAUACUUCAGUCUACGUUCUCAUGGUUGAACUACCUUUUGUCUUAUUUUUGAAAUUCAAUUCUCUAACCGAGUCAUACUGUGAUUUUUCUGAGGCUGAACUCAUUUUAGUCUAAAGUGGAUGGUACUAAAAGUACACAGAUGAGACCUGUUGUGUUUUCCUUUGACAGAAAAGUCAGCUUGAAUAUUAAUUAUCCUGACCUACUUCACUGGCAUUUGGGAGAAGACAACUAAUUUCCUAUUAUCCCAAUUAGCAGUUUCGAAGCUGACUGAGGUAUAGGCCUUAUAAUACCUCAGUGAAAUUAAAUUAUAAAUUAUGUCAGCCUACGCAGCUUUCAAGGAGUAUAAAUCAUAAA